AUGCCGCUCAAGAUCCUGAUUGUCGGAGCCGGUCUCGCUGGCUUUUCUGCCGCCAUCGCUGUCGCUCGCAACGGCCAUGAGGUCCAUCUCUUCGAGCGCUCUGCCUUCUCCAACGAAGUCGGCGCCGCCCUGCACUUUGGCCCGACCACGACCGCCUAUGUCUUCCCGCGAUGGGGCCUCGACGCCUACAGAGACUUCCAGGCCUGCAAGGUCGAGAGAUGGUACAACUACCACGUCAAGGACGAGGUCAUGGAGCCCAUGCCCGACCGCUAUAUCCUGGAGGACCGCCGCCGCGAGCUCCAUUUCGAGGGCGACGAGGUAAUGUGCCACCGGGUUGACGCGCAUUCGGCACUGCGGGAAAAGGCUCUGUCGUACCCGAAUGUACGCCUUCACCUAUCUUCAGGCGUUCAGUCGGUCGAUCCCGACGCCGGCACCAUCACCCUGAAAGACGGCACGCUCCACCGCGGCGAUGUAAUCGUCGGCGCAGACGGAAUCCAUUCGCAGACGGUGCAGGCCAUUGCCGGGCCCGAGUGCGUGCCAACGCGCGCCGGUGUCAAUAUUUUUCGCUUUUUCGUUCUCGAGGAGAAGGCUCGCCAGAACCCCCUGGCCGCCCAGUUUCUCGACGAGCACAAGUUUCCCGACUCCCAUGUCUCGUUUCGCGGCACCAACGGCUCUGUCUCAGUCAUCUACACGGCAAGAAAGGGCUCUUACCUGAACUUUGGCCUCCUGUUUCCUGCCAAAAUCGCCAAGCGCGACUUGACAACCAUGGACUGGCACGCCACGAGCAGUCCCGACGAGGUGGUUGACAUUUUUUACGACCAUCCCAAGUUCUUCAAGGAGCUCAUCUACCUGGGCGAAGAUUUUAAGCACUGGGCAUUUCCCGCUCGUGCCAUCUCCAAGACCUUCGUCAAGGGUAAGCUCGUCCUGAUUGGCGACGCUGCGCAUCCCCUGCACCCGACGCACGCUACCGGCGCCGUCCAGGGUAUCGAGGACGCUGCAUGUCUUGGCGAGCUGCUUACCUCGGAUGCUACUGUCAAAGACGUUCCCGAGCGCCUGGAACUUUACAACAAGCUUAGAUAUGAGAGAGGCGUCACGUUGAAAUGCGCAUCUGAGGUCGGCGUGCUCGCCGGCGUCGAUCCCGACACAAGGCUAGAAAAUCUAAGAAAGUUUGUGCCCAACGGACAGCUGCCUGAAGACGUUGACGCCUACAUCUGGCUUUACAACCCGGUCAAGGAAGCCCAAGAAGCGCUACGAGCUCACUUGAAGAGCAAGCAGUCCUGGCUGCCAAACUGCCCCCUUAUGUAA